CAACGUUGUCGGGUCGUCGCUCUUUGAAUGGAAAGGAAAGCAAAGUGAUGAACGAUAUGGUGGAUUAUAGCUGAGCCUAACCUUAAAAUGGUCAAAAAGAUUGCGGGGAAAACGUCAAAAAUGUUUAUAAAAAGGUGCUUGAAGAUUAUCUGAUUCGAUGGAACAUUUAAAAGUUUAAUGGAACGCCUUAAAAAAAUGGCAAAAAGUGAUUUUUGGUGUAGCCAGUCAGUGAUGUCGUGCGAUCGAUUCGGUAGUGAUGGGGGGGAGGUAUAUAAAUGUCUAGGAUAAAUGUAGGGAACGGAUGGAAAUGGUACACUGGUCCGUUUACUUUUUUAUUAUUUUUCAAUUUUUGUGGUACCAAAAAGUGUUGAGAAAAUGUUAAGUAUUGUGUUUUAUAUUUAUAGCUUCGUUAAUGUCGGGUGACGUAAAAUAAUUAGAUUUUCGGAAAGCGGGUGCAUUUUUCCGUGUCGUUUUUUCGAGUGCCUCGCGGACACACCACGGCCAAAAAUCGAGACAAUUAUGUGAAAUAUCCAAAAUGUUUUAUCGUAAAAUUGUUUAUUUCUCGCCCAUCCGAAACGAGAGCAUAGGCGCCUAUUCUAGGCUUACACCAUUAGCAUGGAGACAUUUUAAUUCAUGAUGUAAAUUAUUUUCAAAAUGACGACAAAAGAAAGACAAUUUACUAAUGGCUGUACAAAUACUACUACUGUCAAUGGAAUAAAAUCCAACCCUGGAAGCUCAAAAAGUAGCCCUGUAAAAUGUAGUGAACUUUAUACCCAGUGCAAAGAAGAACCUUUUCAAUUUGAAGUGCCUCCUGAAGCCCCAGUUUUUUACCCCACAGAUGAAGAGUUUUCAGAUCCACUAGCUUAUAUUGCCAAAAUUAGACCUAUUGCAGAAAAUACAGGAAUAUGUAAAAUUAAACCACCUGGGAGGUGGCAGCCUCCGUUUGCUGUUGAUGUAGAUAAAUUAAGAUUCACCCCUAGGAUACAAAGAUUAAAUGAGCUAGAGGCCAAAACCCGCGUCAAACUAAACUUCCUUGAUCAAAUAGCGAAGUUUUGGGAGUUGCAAGGUUCAUCUCUCAAAAUUCCUAUGGUAGAAAGGAGGGUUCUUGACUUAUACACAUUACACAGAGUUGUCCAGAUCGAAGGUGGUUUCGAGGAAGUAACUAAACAAAGAAAGUGGUCCAAAGUGUCUGUCCGCAUGGGAUACCAAAUUGGGAAGAAUGUAGGAACCAUUUUAAAGCAGCAUUAUGAAAGACUGUUAUAUCCAUUUGAUGUUUUUAAAGAAGGGAAAAGAAUGCCACUUAACCUGGAUAAUCCUGAAUCUGGAAGCGACAAAACCGACAAAGACUAUAAACCACACGGCAUAGUAAACCGAAUGGCUGUUAAACCUCCAUCUGAUAAAAAUGCCAGGAGGUCCAAAAGAUUUGAAACUAAUGAUAAGGAUAAGACUGAAAUAGAGCUUAAGAUUAAAGAAGAAAAGCCUGAGGACGCCGAAACAGAUGACAAAAACAAGGAACUCAAACGACUGCAGUUUUACGGCGCAGGACCAAAAAUGGCUGGUUAUGAAGAUAAAAAAGAUCCCAAGCCAAAAAACAAACAUGGCAAAUUUGAUGUUGAUCCUUUAGCAAAGUAUGUGUGCCACAACUGCAGUAGAGGAGACACAGAGGAAUUUAUGCUGCUCUGCGAUGGAUGUGACGACAGUUAUCACACAUUUUGCCUGAUGCCUCCCUUGUCAGAAAUUCCAAAAGGUGAUUGGAGAUGUCCCAAAUGUGUAGCUGAAGAAGUCUCAAAACCAACUGAGGCUUUUGGAUUUGAGCAGGCCCAAAGGGAAUACACGCUACAACAGUUCGGUGAAAUGGCCGAUCAUUUUAAGUCAGAUUACUUCAACAUGCCUGUUCAUAUGGUAUCAACUAGCACAGUAGAACGUGAAUUUUGGCGCAUAGUUUCCUCGAUAGACGAAGAUGUCACAGUAGAGUAUGGAGCGGAUUUGCAUACAAUGGAUCACGGAUCGGGAUUCCCAACUAAAUCCUCAGCGAACCUUUUUCAAGGCGAUAAAGAGUAUGCCGAAUCCAGUUGGAAUUUGAACAACUUACCAGUAUUGGAAGGAUCAGUGUUAGGGUACAUUAAUGCCGAUAUAUCUGGAAUGAAGGUUCCUUGGAUGUAUGUAGGCAUGUGCUUUGCCACGUUUUGCUGGCACAAUGAGGACCAUUGGUCUUACUCCAUCAACUACCUUCAUUGGGGAGAAGCAAAAACUUGGUACGGCGUACCUGGAAGCAAAGCAGAAACUUUUGAGGAAACCAUGAAGUCCGCUGCUCCUGAACUCUUCCAUUCUCAACCCGAUUUGUUGCAUCAACUCGUCACUAUUAUGAACCCAAAUAUUUUAAUGGGAGCCGGCGUUCCAGUUUAUCGUACGGAUCAACAUGCCGGAGAGUUUGUCGUUACCUUCCCUAGGGCUUAUCAUGCUGGUUUUAAUCAAGGCUAUAACUUUGCUGAAGCGGUAAAUUUUGCCCCGGCAGACUGGCUCAGGAUGGGUCGCGAAUGUAUUCUUCACUAUUCACAUUUAAGGAGGUUCUGCGUGUUUUCGCACGAUGAAUUAGUAUGCAAAAUGGCGCUCGACAAUGAGAAGCUUGAUUUAACCAUUGCUGCUGCCACUUACCAAGAUAUGCUGGUUAUGGUGGACACUGAAAAGAAGUUGAGGAAGACUUUACUUGAUUGGGGUGUAACAAAUGCUGAACGCGAGGCCUUCGAAUUACUACCAGACGACGAACGCCAAUGCGAAGUCUGCAAAACCACUUGUUUCCUGUCAGCAAUCACUUGUGCAUGCUCAUCGUCCUCCCUCGUAUGCCUCAGGCAUUAUAAAAACCUUUGCGAAUGCCCUCCGAAAAGUCGAACUCUACGUUACAGGUACACCUUGGACGAGCUUCCUGUCAUGCUAAAAGCUUUGAAACUGAAAGCAGAAUCCUUUGAUCACUGGGUUGCAAAAGUGAAGGAUGCCUUGGACCCGAACACCCCUAAGACGUUAAAUUUGAACGAUUUGAAAGCGUUGCUUAACGAGGCCGAUGGCAAGAAGUUCCCCAAAUGUGAGCUGCUUCAAACAUUGACUAGCGCAGUUAUCGAUGCGGAGAAGUGUGCGAGCGUUAUCCACCAACUGGACUUAAACAAAAUGCGCACCAGAACAAGACAUUCAAACGAACCUAAAUACAAAUUAACCGUUGAAGAACUGACGCUGUUUUGUGACGAAAUUAAUAGUCUAGCGUGCAAUUUGGACGAAGCUAAAAGUAUUCAAGUUUUGCUUGAGCAGACUCGCAAGUUUGAAGCUACUAGCUACACCCAAUUGACCACGCCACUUUCGCAAAACAAUUUAACAGAACUCGAGGCCUGCCAGUCCCAUGGAAAUGAUUUAUGCAUCGAGCUACCGAAUCUGAAACUGAUUAACACUCGGAUUAAGCAAGUGCAGUGGCUGAAGGACCUUGAAGGCUACAAAAGCAAAUCAGACGUGUUCACUAUUGAAUUGAUUAAAAAUCUGAUCCAGCAAGGCAUUUCCAUACCACCUCAUCCAGAUCUAGAGAUGGAAUUAUCAAACUUACAAUGGCUUUUGGAAACCAGCCAGAAGUGGGAGGAAAAAGCUCAGGAAGUCUUAAAAUCGGAAGAUCCAACUGUGCUCGCGCAAGUUGAUAAGAUGCUAAAAGAGGCUUCAGAAAUCACAUGUCACUUGCCCUCUGAAGGUGUUUUGUAUGACGCAGUAAAAAAGGGACGUGAUUGGUUAAAACAGCUUGAAGAAAUGAACUCUGCUGAGUACUACCCAUAUUACAACGCCAUGGAAGACCUAAUUAAAAAAGGCAAACAAUUGACUCUUCAGCUGGUGGAAGUGGAUCGUAUGAACGAUUAUCUUGUCCUGGCAAAUGGCUGGAAAGAAAAAACCAUCCGUGCUUUCCUAAGAAAAGAUUCGACUUGCAAUUUAAUGGAAGCGUUGUCUCCAAGAACCACCAUGCCUAGCGUCUUUAAACCAAGCAAAAAAGCAAAGAAUGACGACGAUUCAAAAUCCAUUAGUUUCACAAACACAAUGGACCCAGCCACUGUAGUUGCGCUUUUCAAAGAAGCUGAGGAAGCAGAAAUGUCCAUGAUCAGCAAGCUGAGAUUAAUAAACAAAGCCAAAUCUUUGGACCCAACUGACACCAACAGCACCUUCUGCGUGUGCGGUAGAGGAUUAUUCGGGAUCAUGAUGAGGUGUGAACUGUGUCUAGACUGGUUCCACUCCACUUGCACCCAACUGCCAAAAAUCGCCACAACUAAAUUUAAGGGUAACUUUUUAAAUGUAGCAGCAGGGGUGGGUUUUAAAGACUGCAAAUAUAUUUGCCCAAAUUGUCAAAGAACUAAACGACCCAGAUUGGACACGAUUUUAAGUCUGCUGAUGUCGCUUCAGAAACUUUACGUUAGAGUGCCAGAAGGUGAAGCUCUGCAGUGUCUCACUGAACGAGCAAUGAACUGGCAGGAUCGCGCCCGACAACUCUUGCAAAACCCUGAACUGGAGAGGGCCAAAGUGAAAUUAGCUGCUGUAAGUCAAAGAUUCGUUGAGGCAGCAGCUCGACAAAGGACUGAGAAAAUAAUUUCAACCGAACUGAAACGAGCUUCCAAAAAUCCAGAACUGCACCAGCGGAUCCAGGAAAUUACUCCAUUUAGUGGCAUCAACGAGGAGGGAAUCGCUUGUGAUAGCGGAACAAAUGAUUCAGAUGACGCAUCUCGUGAAUCCUCCCGAGAUUCAGACGACCGAAUGGGAGAGCACGCUUACAGUCUUCACCUACCAAGAAACGACCCUGAAGACUGCAUGAUUAGAAUAGCCUCGGAUGUAAAGAAGCAAGCUGAAGAACUCUUUAUGGAGGGUGAAUUGCUGGAGGUUUAUUUAGACGAAACUUGGGCCUUGUGGAAGUUGAUACUUGGCACCAAAAACCCUGAACGUGAACUACUACUUAUCGAUUUCGACUCGCAUGGCAAGCCAACUCCCAAAAAGAGAGGCAGGAAACGUUUAUCAGACGACUUGGUUGACUCUACUAAGAAAUCCGUGAAAACUAUUAAAGAAGGGGAAAAGAAACUGCGGGGUAGAAAACAAAAAAGCGCAAUUAAAGAGACGCCGCAAAAGAAACAACGGGGUAAACGCAGAGGGAGACGUUGCCAAUCGACUGCUUCGAACAGUAGUGACAGCGAAGAUGAGGAUUGUGCAGCGAACGGCUGCCAAAGACCAUCAGGGCAAAACGUUGACUGGGUGCAGUGUGACGGGGGUUGUGAACAGUGGUUCCAUAUGGCGUGCGUCGGUUUAUCCGUCGAAGACAUUAACGAGGACGAAGAUUAUAUUUGUAUGACGUGUUCGAAAAGUACCACGUUUGAAAAUGUCGGUCCGUGUGAGAGUCGCUCUAGUAGUCCCCGAUCCCCUGAUUCAACACAACCUUCCACUUCUAAAGACGUUUCCUAGUGCUUACUAGUUUUUAGGUAAGGCACCGACUUUUUUUUUACUUUAUUCUAGGUAUUAAUUAAAUAUUUGUAUUAAAAUCUACUUUUUUUUGAUUUGGUGAUUCAUUGUGGAUAUGUAUUCAGUAAACGUAACAUAUAAUAAUGUUUAAGUGUCUUUUUACUAGUCUUUAUUUUUGUGGAAAAAGUUUUAGGUUGAUAUUUGAUAUUAGGGAGUCUUUGUGAGAAUGUAGCUUCUAAUCAUAAUAUUAUAUUACCUAAUUCCAACUUCUAUUUUGCUUUAUACACAUCUUUUGAUAAACUACUACAUGGCGUAAUUUUUUUUGGCCCACAUCAGUGUACAUAAAUAAGUUAAUAUUAAGAAAAUGUUAUAGUUUUAAGUUAGUUUCUCAUUUUGACAACAACUGUAGAUUAUGUUUUAAAAUGCCUUUUAUUUAUACAUUUUAUAUGAUGGAGAAAUUUUGAUUUUAUAUACAGGUGCCACUCUUUAUAUGCCACGUUGUGCUGAAUAUAUAUUAAACAAGCCUUAAAUAUUUGUUUGUGAUAAAAAGUAUAUAUAUACAUAUAUAAUAUAAUUGUACAUUAAUAAUCACAUUUUUACAAAUUUUCACAUAAACUGCUGUAAAUUCAGUGUUCUCUUUCAAUGUAAAAAAAAAUUAAGGUAAUUAACAUCUAUUAUUGCUAAAUUGAAAUAUUACAGUAAAUUUAUUGAUUGUAUAUAGUUAAUGUUACUAAAUUGUAUCUUGCAGCUGUUUAUGUGUGCCUUUUUUUAACAUAUUUAUACUUUAAUUAAUAUCAAGAUUGCAACAUAGUUUAACGUUGUAAAUGGGGCUUUGUUUAGAUACAAAUAGUAAGAGUAAAGCCAGUUAGCAAUAGGGGUUUGGAUCAUAGCAACAUUUUUUUGACGCUAUUUUCCUACUUAAUUAAGUUUACUCA